AUGGAUUCUUCAUCGUCCGUGCUUCAGAAAGACACAAAACAGGUCGAUAUUGAACAUAGGGAAGAAGCAAGCUCCAACGAUCAGUUAGUAGAUCAAAAUGCCUUAUUAGAUAGCUUCCUUGGUGACGUCGAUGGUGCUGCGAGCGCUGAUGCGACUGAAAAAAGUAUGUCUCUCUUAGAAGGGUUGCGCAAGUACCCGAAAGCUGUAGGUUGGUCCUUAGUGGUUUCAACCGGCUUAAUCAUGGAAGGGUACGACACUGCUUUCAUUAACAAUCUGUUUGCUCUUCCAAUUUUUCGAACCACUUUCGGUGAAUACAAUCAAGCGAAUGACAUUUGGGAGAUUCCUUCCAAAUGGCAAAUUGGUUUGGGGAUGUGUGUUGCCUGUGGUGAGAUUAUUGGUUUGCAGAUAACUGGUAUAUUCGCAGAUCGUUACGGUUACAGGCUUGUGUUGAUUGCUGGCUUGGUUCUUUUGAUUGCUUUCAAUUUUAUUCUCUACUUUGCAAACAGUUUGACUAUGAUUGCUAUAGGCCAAAUUUUAAGUGGUAUCCCAUGGGGCUCAUUCCAAACACUCUGCGUUUCAUAUGCUAGUGAGGUCUGUCCAUUGGUUUUGAGAUACUAUUUGACAACAUACAUCAAUUUAUGUUGGCUUAUCGGGCAAGUGAUUGCCGCUGGAGUUUUGAAGGCAUGUCAGGAACAUCUUGCCAAUGAUGAGCUAGGUUGGAGACUUCCAUUUGCGUUACAGUGGAUAUGGCCGGUUCCUUUGAUUGUAGGUAUUUACCUUGCUCCAGAAUCUCCUUGGUGGUUGGUUAGAAAGGGCAGGAUCGAUCAAGCCAAACGAUCCGUCACAAGAAUUCUAACCCUGCCCACUUCUGAAAAGGACAAGCUAACUGACAUAAUGAUCACAAAAAUGAGAAUGACUGUCGAGAAAGAAAACCGUCUUGCUUCCGAAUCAAGUUCUUAUAUGGACUGUUUCAAGGGCAUUGAUGCGAGAAGAACCAGGAUAACGUGUCUCACAUGGGUCAUGCAAAAUUUAACGGGAUCCGCUUUGAUGGGAUACUCCACCUAUUUCUAUGAAAAAGCCGGGUUGGACACUUCUGCAGCCUUCACUUUUUCCAUCAUUCAAUACGUGAUUGGUAUUGUUGGUACCUUAACAUCAUGGUUCCUAUCUUCCAGAGCUGGUCGCUUCACGAUUCUCUUUUGGGGUGUCUUUUUCCAGACGAUAGUUAUGUUCAUUACUGGUGGCCUCGGAUUCAGCAGCUCUGAAGGUGCCAGUUGGGGUGCUGGUUCCAUGUUGCUGAUCUACAACUUCUUUUACAACUCCACCUUAGGUCCUGUUGUUUACUGUGUGGUGUCAGAAAUUCCUAGUGACAGAUUGAGAACUAAAACUGUAGUUCUAGCACGUAACUCCUACAACUUGAUAGCUAUUGUAAAUUCUAUUUUGACACCGUAUAUGUUAAACUCCGACCAAUGGAACUGGGGUGCAAAGACAGGUUUGUUCUGGGGUGGAUUAGCUGCCAUCUCAUUAGUUUGGGCUUACUUCGAUCUCCCAGAAACUAAGGGCAGAACAUUUGCAGAGCUUGAUGAGUUAUUCCAUCAAAGAGUUCCAGCAAGGAAGUUUAACAGUACACAUGUGGAGCCUUUCUCUCGUGAGACAAUAAUGAAAGACCUGGAUGUGAACCCUGAGGUUUGGUUGGAAACAAUCGAAGAAGGGGACACCGACAUCAAAAAGUAA